AUGCCAGGAUUUUCCCUUAUAGCCGAGACUUAUUAUAGCGCCAUGACCAGGAUGCCUUCAUGGCUAAGUGGGAACUGCACAUAUCAGAGCCACGAACCGUGGCACCACUCAUGUGACGUAAUGUCGAUCCAUGCGAUUUGGCAGGUCGCGCGGGUACGCUUCUCUUGCAGUACCGCAGCGAUCUCCCUCCGCUUGAAGAGAAGAGACCUCUUCUCGAUCGACAGGGAAUGUUUCAAGCACUUCGACAGUGACUAUAAACGUCUACUUCCUCGGUACCAUAAGGGCAGUCUCAGUUCUGAUCAGCACCCCGCCCGACCAUAUUUGCCAGUCGACCAGUGGUACGAAGAUACGAUACUAUCAGACACCUUGUCAAACACAAUGGCACAGCCGGCUGAAAGUUCGGUGAGCUACGAGCUUACCAGGAAAAGCCAUAUGGGGGGAGAAUGCAUUCUGAAGCGCUUUUCGCAAUGGUUUUGGUCGGUGUGGAUGAUCGCCGGGUCUGGGACCCACGAUGCCCUUGCGGAUCCCGCGAAUCACCCCAGAGCGACAAACGGUGCCUCCACAAAGACGAACGGUUGUGCUGGCACAGCAAGAGAUGGUUUGUCUGCCACUGGAGAAUGCGAUACAGGACUGCGGGAACGGUCCUCCGAAAACGAGCAUAGUUAUCCUUGCAAGGCGUGCCAGACAUGGGGUGUUGUUUGCGACCAGCAGAGACCGCGCUGCUCGCAUUGUUUGGAUCAGCAGAUACUGUGCUUCUAUGUGGCACCUCUGCAAAAACCACCGAAGCGGUCAACCAAGUCGCGUUCCCGCCACGUUGAAUUAGUAAAUUCACCGCCACGUCUAUUGGCAAAUUGA